AUGUUACUGUUUUCAGGUGUUGGUAAAUCCUGCCUCCUCCUUCAGUUCACCGACAAAAGGUUCCAACCUGUGCAUGACCUCACCAUUGGUGUCGAAUUUGGUGCUCGCAUGAUCACCAUUGAUGGAAAACAAAUCAAACUUCAGAUUUGGGACACUGCUGGACAGGAGGCAUUUAGAUCGAUAACCCGUUCAUACUAUCGUGGAGCGGCCGGUGCUUUACUUGUCUACGACAUCACACGACGAGACACUUUUAACCAUCUGACUACAUGGCUGGAAGAUGCUCGCCAGCAUUCUAACUCCAACAUGGUUAUCAUGCUCAUCGGUAAUAAGAGUGACUUGGAGUCUCGUCGCGAAGUAAAGAAGGAAGAGGGUGAGGCGUUUGCUCGUGAGCACGGACUGGUGUUUAUGGAGACAUCGGCAAAGACAGCUGCUAACGUUGAGGAAGCUUUCAUCAACACGGCCAAGGAAAUAUAUGAAAAGAUACAGGAGGGAGUGUUUGAUAUCAAUAAUGAGGCCAAUGGUAUUAAGAUCGGUCCUCAGCACGGCGGGGCGGGGUCCGGUGGCGGAGCGCCGGGUGCCGGGGGCGCACCGCCCGGCGGGUGUUGUUAG